AUGGAGACCUGGAGGGACGAAUCCUUUUCUUUCCAAGAAAAUGACUUUCCGGAAAUUCAGCAGACGAUACGGAUAGGUGAAAACAAGAACACGUGCGCUGUGUGCGGGAAGAUCUUCAGAGAUGACUCGAACCUGAAGCGACAUCAGAGAACUCACACGGGAGAAAAACCGUUCCGGUGCCUGUACUGCGGGAAGAGCUUCAGUCGGAACGCCAACCUCACUUCCCACCAGAGAACCCACACGGGAGAGAAGCCCUACCCGUGCUCGGAAUGCGGCAAGACCUUCUGUGACAAAUCCAGCCUUCAUCGGCAUGAGAGAAUCCACUCCGGGGAAAGACCGUACGAGUGCUUUGAGUGUGGGAAGAGCUUUGACUUGAGCCAGUCGCUGAUUAGCCACCAGAGAACCCACACUGGAGAGAGACCGUACAAAUGCUCCGAGUGCGGGAAGGCAUUCAAUCGGAGCCAGAACCUCCUUAGCCACCGGAGAACCCACACGGGAGAGAAGCUGUACAAAUGCUUGGAAUGCGGGAAGAGCUUCAGCAGAAGCCAGAACCUCACGCGACACCGGAGCAGCCAUACGGAGGAGAAACUGUACGAAUGCUACGAGUGCGGAAAGAGCUUCCGUCUGAGCCAGUCCCUGAUCAGCCAUCAGAGAAUCCACACCGGGGAGAAGCCCUAUACGUGCUCCCAGUGUGGGAAGAGCUUCAACCGGAGUCAAAACCUUCUCAGCCAUCAGAGAGUCCACACGGGAGAGAAACAGUACAAGUGCUUAGAGUGCGGGAAGAGUUUCAACUGGAGCCCGGACCUCCUUCGCCAUCAGAGGAUCCACACGGGAGAGCAGCCCUAUCAUUGCUCGAAAUGCGGGGAACGCUUCAAUCGGCGUGAGAACCUUAUUAGGCAUAUGAGGAUACACAUGGACAAAACGACGUUGCAUUGAGUAUGGCCUACUCCGCAGGACCCUGAUCGGCAAUUAUAGAGUCUACCCCACAGAGGGGGGUUGCGAUUAAAAAUAAAUAAAUAAAUACACUU